ACCAGGAUUACAGGCACCUGCCACCAUGUCCGGUCUUCUUUCCAGUCUUUUCAUGUCACCUUCUUAGUGAGGUCUCUUCACUGCUCCCUUAUUUAAAAUCUUAUUCCCUCCAAUCCUCUUCCUUAUGUUAAUCUUCUGUAUGGUGCUUUCUACCAAAACUAUGCACUUCUUGUUUAGUACUUAUUUCCUCUGACUAGUAUGUCAGUUCCAGAACAUAAGAUUGCUUUUUAUUUACUAUUUAUGGUUUAGAAAAGUGUCUGACACACUAUACGCCUUCAAAAAUAAUUGCUACAUGGUCAUAAUUUUUGGAUUUUGCAAGUGUGCAUUUAAAAAUGUACAGUCUUAUAAGUCUCAAAAUCCCUAUUUAUGCUUUAAAACAACAGAAAAGUAUCCUCUGUCAGUUCUGUAAGCCAGACGUCUGAGAUCAGGAUGUUGAGGGCAUUAUGCUCUCUCUUAAGGUUCUAAGGAAGGAUCCUUUCUUGUCUCUUUCAAGUUUUGGUGCCCUCAGGCAUUUGAUUUCUGGUAGCAUAAUUUCAAUCUCUGAUGAUGGUCUUCUCUUUUUCUCUCUUAUAAGGUCAUUUGUCAUUGGACUCAGGACCCAUUUAAUCAUGAUUACUUAGUGCAGGUAACUGCUGUGGCUUGCCUCAUUAUAAAGUAAAGCAAGAGACAGAAAAUGCACUCAAAAAUAUUUCUUGAAUUAGUACCCUGAAGGAGGGUAGGUGUGGUUUGCAGAGGUGUAACGUCAUCAUCUGGCUAGAAUAGGAAAUGUGAGGGUACAGGGGCUCUGGCAUAGACCCUGGAUGGAGCUGAAUUCAAGCAGGCUAGUCACCGCAGUAAAAAGCCGACUCUAAAAGCUAGAGAACUACAACUUCAGCCACGCCCUGCAGCGCCCCGCGCAGCCGCAGACGAAGCCCGGCGAAGUUUGCGCAGCCGCACCAGGAGACGGGUGGGUCCGCGCAGCCGCAGAAAGAGCCGGCCAGUCUCCGGUUUACUCCGUCCCGCGCUAUUUCGGCAGCAGGGACCAGGGUGGCCUUGUCCUUGAGCCCUUAACCCAGGCUAGGUGGGCCAGCUCCGCCCCGCCUGCGCCGGGAGCCAGUCUUUCCCGGAGCCGCUGCCGUCAUGCUGCUGCCCGUGUUCACCCUGAAACUGCGCCACAAAAUCAGCCCUCGCAUGGUGGCCGUAGGGCGCUACGACGGGACUCACCCGUGUCUGGCGGCCGCCACCCAAGCGGGCAAGGUUUUUAUUCACAAUCCUCAUACACGAAGCCAGUAUUUCAGUGCCUCCAGAGUCUGCCAGAGCCCACUGGAAUCUGAUGUUUCUCUUCUGAACAUUAACCAGGCAGUCAGCUGCCUGACUGCAGGAGUACUGAACCCUGAGCUUGGACAUGAUGUUCUUUUAGUGGGGACCCAGACUAAUCUUUUGGCUUAUGAUGUCUACAAUAAUUCAGAUUUGUUCUACAGAGAGGUAGCAGAUGGGGCAAAUGCCAUUGUGCUGGGGACAUUGGGAGAUGUAGCCUCUCCUCUUGCAAUAAUUGGCGGAAAUUGUGUUCUCCAGGGUUUUGAUCAUGAAGGAAAUGAUCUCUUUUGGACGGUUACUGGAGACAAUGUUCAUUCCUUGGCUUUGUGUGACUUUGAUGGUGAUGGGAAGAAAGAGCUUCUUGUUGGGUCUGAGGAUUUCGAUAUCCGGGUUUUUAAAGAAGAUGAGAUUGUAGCAGAAAUGACAGAAACAGAGAUAAUCACCUCUCUGUGCCCCAUGUAUGGCAGCCGAUUCGGGUACGCCCUUUCCAAUGGCACAGUUGGAGUUUAUGACAAGACAGCCCGAUCCUGGAGAAUCAAAUCCAAAAAUCAUGCCAUGAGCAUUCACCCCUUUGAUCUUAAUUCUGAUGGAGUGUGUGAGCUGAUAACUGGCUGGUCAAAUGGGAAGGUGGAUGCUCGCUGUGACCGGACUGGGGAGGUCAUAUUUAAAGACAACUUUUCUUCAGCAGUUGCUGGUGUGGUAGAGGGAGAUUAUCGAAUGGAUGGCCAUGUACAGCUAAUCUGCUGCUCAGUGGAUGGGGAAGUCCGGGGCUACCUGCCAGGCACAGCAGAGAUGAAGGGAAACCUCAUGGACACCAGCAUGGAGCAGGACCUGAUCCGAGAGCUAAGUCAGAAGAAGCAGAAUCUGCUGCUGGAACUCCGUAACUAUGAGGAAAGCACCAAGGCUGAAUUGAGCAGUCCACUGAAUGAGGUUGAGGGGCAAAGGGACGUCAUACCAGCCAAUACCAGGCUCCACACUAUCUUCUCAGUCAAUCUGGGAAGCGAGACUCAAGCGGCACAUACAGAGCUGUGCAUUUCUACUUCAAAUGACACCAUCAUUCGAGCAGUAUUGAUUUUUGCAGAAGGAAUUUUUGUAGGUGAAAGCCACGUGGUACAUCCCAGCAUCCACAACGUCUCCAACUCUAUCCGUGUCCCAAUCGUACCACCCAAAGAUGUCCCUGUCGAUUUGCACUUGAAAGCCUUUGUGGGUUACAGAAGCAGCACUCAGUUCCAUGUAUUUGAGUUGACGAGACAGCUGCCCCGAUUCUCCAUGUAUGCACUGACCAGCACAGACUCUGCCAGGGAGCCCCUCAGUUACGUUAACUUUGUCAUUACAGAACGGGCACAGAGGAUGGCGCAGUGGCUCAACCACAACUUCCUGCUACCUGAAGACACUAACAUUCAGAAUGCUCCAUUUCAAGCGUGCUUCACCUCUUUGCGGAAUGGUGGUCACCUUUGCAUAAAGAUAAAAUCUAGUGGAGAGAUUACUAUAAAUACUGAUGAUAUUGACUUGGCUGGUGAUAUCAUCCAGUCGAUGGCGUCAUUCUUUGCUAUUGAAGACCUUCAAGUAGAAGCAGAUUUUCCUAUCUACUUUGAGGAGUUACGAAAGGUGCUAAUCAAGGUGGAUGAAUAUCAUUCAGUGCAUCAGAAGCUCAGUGCUGACAUGGCUGAUAAUUCUAAUUUGAUCCGAAGUUUGUUGGUCCGAGCUGAGGAUGCUCGUCUGAUGAGAGACAUGAAAACAAUGAAGAAUCGUUACAUGGAACUGUAUGACCUUAAUAAAGACUUGCUAAAUGGAUAUAAAAUUCGCUGUAACAAUCACUCAGAACUAUUAGGAAAUCUUAAAGCAGUAAAUCAAGCAAUUCAAAGGGCAGGUCGUCUGCGUGUUGGAAAAGCAAAGAACCAAGUAGUAACUGCUUGUCGGGAUGCAAUUCGAAGCAACAAUAUCAACACACUGUUCAGAAUUAUGCGAGUGGGGACAGCUCCUUUAUAGAAGAGUAAAUAAGGAACCAAGUUUUUGGAGAAGGUUUGUUCCUACCAACUUGAGGUUCUUUUGCUCUGGAUCAUGUCCCUAUGAACCUGGACUGCUCAGAAUAAAAAAGCCCGUGGUGAGCUGCACAAAGCACUACAGCUAAAAAAUGAAACCACUUCCUAUUUUUUUUUUUUGUUUAGUAAUGUAAUGUAUAAAUAUACCUUUAUCCUUGAACUUGUAUUUGAAUUCAUAAUUUUCAAAUACUUUUUCAUUAAAGUUAAAAAGUAUUAUACUUUGUUACUGACUGUAAAAGCACUAUCACAGCAGAAUUGUAUAAGCCAUUUGUAUUUUGUUAAGAAAAACAAAACUAGUUAAUCAGUU